AUGGGAAGAGGAAAGAUUGUGAUCCGCAGGAUUGACAAUUCAACAAGUAGGCAAGUCACUUUUUCGAAGCGAAGAAAUGGAUUGUUGAAGAAGGCUAAGGAGCUUGCCAUACUUUGUGAUGCUGAAGUUGGAGUUAUUAUCUUCUCCAGCACUUCCAAGCUCUAUGAGUUUUCCAGCUCUAGCAUGAAAUCCAUAAUUGAAAGAUACAACAGAAUGAAAGAGGAGAGCCAAGAUCACCGCUUGAAUCCUGCUUCUGAGAUCAAGUUUUGGCAAGGGGAAGUAGCGCGAUUGAGACAGCAACUUCAGUAUUUACAAGAGAGCCACCGGAAGCUACUGGGAGAAGAACUGUUUGGGAUGGAUGUCAAUGAUUUGGAGCGCCUUGAAAGUCAACUUGAAUCCAGCUUGAAAGGAGUUCGCACUCGGAAGGAACAGGUCCUGACUGAUGAAAUCAGAGAAUUACACCGAAAGGUUUUUUCUCCAAGAAAUAUGCUUCAUCAAGAAAACAUGGAACUGUACAAGAAGGUUAACGUAGUUCACCAAGAGAACAUACAACUUCAGAAAAAGGUUCAUGAAAAGCAAUGCGCACAAGAAGCGGGACAAAGCAACCGGGUUACUAUACCAGCGGUGAUCAGUACCGUCAAUCAUGACUUACAUGCGCCCGCCAUCGAUCUGCAGCUAAGCCAUCCCGAAAACCUAAGGAAUGAUACAUUGUCCGCUACUCCUGCUGAAGCUGCACUGAAGUAUGAGGUCGAGGGCGGUGAUGAUGACUGUCAUUGA